AUGUACCAAGCAGCGAAUCCCCUUCAAACUGAAGAGAUCUGCCACAUGGAUAGCAGCGACGACGACGCGGACAGCGGCAAGUCUAUACCGCGUCCCAUCUACGAGGCGACGUCUGCCAUUGACAGCCCUCCGCCGCAUCUGCUGUUGGCCGUUGGCCAGGAGAAGGAUGCAGUAAUAAGCAACAAGCGAUUGAAAUAUGUGGUCAGCGCUCCACCUGACUCGGCCAGUGGCGGCAACAGCACAGGCUCCUCCAACUCCAAUGCUUGGCCAGUUUUGGCAGCGACACCAGUUGGCUCCGGCUCUAGUUCCGGCCACGCUUCGCUUACCAUGAAGCUAACGAAAGUGGUAACGUCGACCCUUACGCCACAGCCGAAUGCAUUAAAGCCGAGUACAUCGACGCCCAAGAUGGAGGAGAACAAGGUGCGUGUGCCAAAGGAAAUGAUUGCCCUGCAGCGUUCACACAACGAGUCCGAGGUGCUCACCGGCUACGUGUCGGAGAGCUCCAAGCUGAAGCGGCGCAAAUCACGGGCUGUCCUCAAACAGCCCGCGGCGAUGGUUGAGCACUCAUCGACGGGCUCGUCGGAGUCGAGCAGAGGGCGAGCCAGAGGAGGCAGACUGACGCGCAGCAAAAGCAUACCGGCACCCAGACAGGACUCGGAUGCGGAGCGGGAGUGGUACGAGGAUUCGGAGCUGAUGUUGAAUAAAUCGAAGAAUCGCACCUAUUGGAUGGCAUACGACAAUGAUGUCGAUCUGAGUGCGAGCGAGGAGAGCAAUGGUAAUCGACGAAGUGGCCGCCACAAUUUUCGAUCACGUAGCAAGACUGUCUCGCGGAGCAGCGAGGAGCACCAGCCACGCCGUGGCAAUCUGCGCUCCGAGAACGAGGAGUUCGCUCGGAAGCGGAUGGCCUUCCUCGAACGCUACAUCAACGACACGGUAGACCCUGAGCAGCAGGAGCAGGACUAUCAACAGAUAGCUAAAGAUGACAGUGCUGAGUGGCAAACCAAUUCGACAGUGGACACGGAUACCAAUCUCUCCCUCUUCUCGGAUGCCAGCGAGUCAAAGAUAGUAGCGAAUGCAUCAAAUGAUGGCGAGGCGAUUAACAAACGCCUCAACGAAAUUUGGCAAGCACCCACAAGGGUUGGCUGGGAUCCGUUCUGCUGGAAGUGUCGUGGAUGCGGCAAGGUGAUGCCCUGCUCCAAAUGCCUCCGUUCGUUUCAUACGUACUGCGUUCGGCCGGCAUCGACGAAGUUCGACAGCUCGUGGAAGUGUCCCGAAUGUGUGCUCGUCGAGAGUGCGCCCAAGCGGUCACGUCGCAACGAUGUAUCCGUCGAUCUGCUCAGUCAACUGCUCAAAUAUGCGCUCGAGCGCAUGAAGCAUAUUCGUGGGGUAUACAAACUGCGUGCUCCACAGGAUGUCUUGCCCGACACUUACAAGAAAUACUUUGUGAAUCCGGUGAACUUUGAAAAUUUGUGGGAACGCAUCAAAAAUCGCGCAUUUCGCAGCACCGAUGAGUUCCUCAGCGAAGUCAAGUGGAUGCAACACAAUGCGCUUAUAUUAGAAGAUGGCGAUACUAAAGUGGAUCAAGCCUGCAAAGCGUUGGUAAAGGUCUGCCGGCAAGAGGCCAACGAGAUUGACACCUGCGCCGAAUGCUAUUUGAAUGCCAACUCCAGCGAUGAGUGGUUCGUCAAGGUCUGCACACAUCCGCAUCUGCUGCUUUGGGCAAAAUUGAAGGGUUUCCCAUAUUGGCCCGCCAAGGCAAUGGGCUCUGGCCCAAAUGCUGUGGUCAACGUACGUUUCUUUGGCAAACACGAUCGGGCCAAUGUGCCAGUGAAAGAUUGCUUCCUUUACUCGGCAAAGGAUCCCAACACACAGACAAGCAGACGAUCAGCUCGGGAUUUGGCCGAUUGUAUACGUGAGGUUGAGGUGCACAUUGAGCACAUACGGAGUAAAAUUGGCAGUUUCAACUAUGCACCAUAUCGCCAACACUACGAUCCGCUAGAGGAGCAGCAGCAGCUGGAGGCAAUGAUGCCCGGCGUGCAUGAUGCCAUCAAUAGGCAGCUGGCCCCGGCUAACAAGACGCCUCUGCAAUUUCUCAUUCGAAAAACGGCUGGUGACAAGCUCUCCAUUGUCAAGAAAACAAAGGCCACCGAGUCGGGCAACGAAUCCGAUCAGUCCGGCAGUCCCAUAAAGAAAAGCACACCGCAAGAUAUUGAGCCAAAGCUACCGCCACCGGCACCAUUACCAAUACCGCCCAGCUCUGAUCAUGCCAAGCCGAAGAGUAACAACUACGAGGUGAUACCCCGAGCAGGCGAUGCUCUCCGAGAAUCCCGUGGUUGCACCGUCGUGCUGAAGCGCAAAUCCAUGGAAACGUGUAAGGCAAUGGUCAAGAUGAAGCCCCUGCCAACGCAGGUGUCCGAUGUGAUGGGGUCAGUAAGCAAGCGCAAACAUUCCGAUGCCAGCAGCGAGACGAGCCAACAGAGCACCUCAGCAGCAGAGCACAAGCGACGCAAGCAGGCGCGCAAACAGGCCCAAGAGGAGCUGCAACAGACUAUGGACAAGGAUAAGGCUAGAGAAACUCAAACUGAAACCAAAACGGAUGCGAAAACGAAAAUGGAACAGCCAAAAGCGGAUGCGAAAACGAAAAUGGAACAGCCAAAAGCGGAGACGGAAAAAGCAACCGCCGUUGAAGCUGCAGCGGACGAAGCAAGCCAAUUGGUUGUCUCCGUUGUGGAGCUGGUUCGAAGGCGCCAAGGCGUGACUAUAAUCAAGAUACCAAGGGAUCAGCAACAGCAAACGCAACAGCAGCAGCAAACGCAACAGCAGCCACAGCAGCAACAAGAACAGCAGCCUCAGCAGCAGCAGCAAACAACAGCUGCAAAGCCAAGUAGUAAAGUGGACUCCAGCGAGCAGCCAGCAAUCAAUGCAACGAUGGCCAAACAGCGGGCAGUUGAGCGACAACACAAGCAGCUGAUUAGCCGAGUGGUGCCGUUUGUGGAGAUCAAAAAGGAGGUGUUGUCGGAGCCAGAGGAAAGUGAGGAUGCGCCUAUCGCUGAUGCGUUGCAGCCACUGCCCGCCGAUGAGGAACAGCAACAAGUAGCAGCAGCAGCAGCAAUAGCACCACCACCCCCACCACCACAACAGCAACUUAAUCCACCGGCCGAAUUGGAAAGCAGUGCAACUGCAUUCACACCACCGCCGGAGCCAAACAAUUUUGUGACCUGUGAAGCAGCAACUGCACCUGAAAUUCAAAUCAAAGAAGAAAUGUUUAGCGAGGAGGAAAUGGAGACGGAGUCGAAUUCGAAUUCGAAUGCGCAGCCGGAGCCACAAAUCGCAGUCAUCAAUCAACCUGAGCCUGAGCCUGAACUAGAGCGAAAGCUAGAAUCAGUUGCUAUGCCGCCACCUGCAUUACCAUGUCGGGCAGAGACGCAACCACAGGCUGCUGUUGCAAGUGCAGCAUAUGCCACAAUUGGAGUCGGAGCAUCGCCCGUGGAGACGCCUGCCAGCGAUGAAUUUGUUCGCUUCGUGGGCGACACAACCAUACAGAGAUUGAGCCAGAAGCAGAUGCCAAAGACAAUGCCAGAGACUCAGACUCAGACGCAGACACAGCCACCGACACAGACAACGACACCGACAACGAAACGCAACACGUUAAGGGGUGUGCCGUAUGGACCCUUGCCGGCAGCUGCACAUUCAACGACACCACCACCAGAACAACCACCGUUGCCAUUGGCAUCACAAUCACCCAAACCAGCGACGAGUUGCACCAUCAGCCGGACGUCGCCCAAGGCACAGGUACAGAAACUGCCAAUGGCUAUAAAACACGACAAAUCGGCAAAUUCGCCGAUAGCAGCAACAGCAGCAGUACCGCCACAAACACCCACAUCAAGUCUGCUCAAGUCCAACAUGGUGGUCAUACCCAUGGAUCCACGCAACACAAAUGGAGGCAUCGGCGGCAACAGCAGCUCCUCGAGCUGCCUCGGCAGCAACGGCAGCAAUCUGAUCAGCUCCAAUCUGAUGACGAUACCUGUGCCGCCAUUGCGAGCAGUCUCCAAGAAUACGCUGCAAAGCACAACCGGCGGAUUCACAGGCAACGCACCGUUGCCGACAUUCAGCAGUAUCUUGAAGCCACCACCAUUGGCCGGACUCACAACGAUGACAUCGACAACAGCAGCACCCAGAUCCUCAAGCAGCACAGAAACUGUCGGGUUGCUGGCGAGUGUACUAAAUGGUCUGCCCAGUGAUACGCUGAUCAGUGAGACGCCCGCACCAACAGCUGAACCGGUCGCUCCAACGCCUUUCAGUGAGCUACUAAUGCGCUCCGGACCACCCAAGUUGACGAUGCGACCCUGCGGUCCGCUGCACUCAGAUGGCUCAAGCAUCUAUCCGGCACAAGCCGGACCACUCUCAACCCGCCUAAAGGAUAAUGCGCACAAGAUUACGGACUAUUUUAUUUCCGUCAUCGAGGACACGUUGAGUGAUCUGGGCGGUAGCGGCGAGGCGAGUGUGCAGCAGGCUCGUAUUGCCAGCUUGACGCUGGAGAACGAGCGCAUCAAGCUGCAUUACGAACGCCAGUUGGCGGACAUGCAGCGCUCCACGGAGGUAAUGAUCGCCGAGAUACGCAAAACGCUGGAGCAGGAGAACAAGCGUGUCAUCAGCGAGCUGCGACAGCACAGCACCCUGGAACGGAUGCGAGCUGUGGAGGAUGCCAAGAAGAAGCAGUGGUGUGCGAAUUGUAUGCGCGAGGCGCAACUCUACUGUUGCUGGAACACCUCAUAUUGUGAUUAUCCCUGCCAGCAGAUGCACUGGCAGCGUCACUCAACCAGCUGCAGUCAGAAGGCCACGCUGAUGACGCAACCACUGACACAAAGCCCCCAGUCGCUAUUGCAGGCGCCGCUGGCUAACACGCACACGAAUGCAAAUGCCACAAGCACUGUCACCAGUUCUAGCCAACAAAUGAACAAUAGGCUGGCAACGGCAACGGCAACGGCAACUGCUCCCGCCACCGUUGUUGGCCCUGGCGAAAAGUGGACGCAUCCAUCGAUGGUAUCGUUGAUUAAUCAGUCGACGGCGCCGCCGCCCGCCGAGGUGCUCAAGCUGCCGAACAAUACUUUCCUGCGCCCAGUGCCGCUGCCCUCAGCAAUGCCAGCAGCCACGAGCAGCAGCAGCCACACCAACACCACCAACAACACCAUUGUCAGCCCAGUCACACUGAUAUCGCCGUCGACGUCGACGCAUCAUCACAACACGAUUAUGACGGGUCAACAGCGCAACAACAUGAGCUACGGCAACAAGCAGACGCAACGGAUUGUCGUGCCACGCUAUAAUAUACCCUUGCCCAUCACUGUUGGCAACAAUGCGCCCUUUGCUCACAUAUCGGAACAGCAUCAUCGGCAUGUUGCAAAAUCGACGUCACGGGGAUCGCAGCCCAACAGUCGAGCACGAAAUGCCAACAACAAUUCGAACAACAACAACCACAUAAACAACAACAACAGCAGCAGUAACAACAACAACAACGGCAGCAACAGCGCUCAGGCCAUGCGUCUCAAUCAACUUAACAACGUUUACCAACAGUAAUUUCGGUAUGAUUUUAAAUCCUAUCGAUAAGUGUGAAUUACGUAUUCAGAGGUUAAAUUAAAAUAACUACAAUAAUAUUAAAUUAGUAUAUAAUUUGAAAGGCAUCGCUGCUUUUAUUAUAUUCAUUAAAUUAAAUGGCUCACAAAGCGUUAAUUAUGUAAACCAUAAGAUGGACUUCAAUUUACAUAAUGAUGCUUAAUGAUUACAAGUAAACAUUUAGUUCUUAAUAGCCAAUAAGUUAACCCAUGUGUACAUUCAUUGCAUAUAUCAUCGCAUCAAACUUUACAACGGUAAACAUACAUACUUACAUGGAUAAGUAGCUAUAUAGAAUAUAGAUCUAAGCUGGGUAAAAUGAAGACAUGUCUCAACGAUCUUUAAAACAAUAAAACACAAUUCAAUUUGAAAA